AUGUCUUAUUCGUCUCUGUUGAAAGUCUUCAGCGCUGCUGCCCUAUUGCCUCUGUGCUUUAGUGCACCUGAGUCUACACACUGGCUAAUGGGUGACCCUCAAGACCAUCCCGGACGGUGGAUGAACAAGGUACAUGAUAUACCUACAUGGGUUAUUCCAAUUGAAAACUAUGACGAGAAUACAUUCAUAGCAGGAAAUGUGUUCAGUGGAAUGCUCGUUGGAUUUUCUGCAUUUUAUGCUUUUUACCACGUAUAUCGUGUCUAUCUUCCUUCUGCCCCCCAAGGAAAACGCAACAUAGGAAAUCUUAACAAGGAUAUCUUGGGCUACCUCAGCAGCUCCUUCCUCGCUUCGUUUAUGUACUCUGUUCUUUCUCUCGGAAAGAUAUGGUGUGGAUUUGGUGUACUUCAUAAUCUGUACGAAGCUGCGCUUUUACUACACAUUGUUACCCAGCAAAGAAGUACUUCAUCGCGAGUUACCUAUGGUAUUCUUUUUGCUUACAUUUUGAUUGUUGUUGCUACUUCUUUGGUGCUUCCUUGGCCAUUUGAUGGAGUCUUUUUUAAGUACCAAGGUCUUGUUGUUGACUACGUCCUUUCUGUUAACAUGGUCCGUCUAUAUCUACACAACAAAUCUAUUGCUGCGAAGGUCAAUGUUCUCACCCCAGCACCAACUGAGAAUGGCACAGCAGAAAGCGGUACUGUAGAGGAUUCAAACACUUUCAAGGGAAAGCAAUCUGUCACUUUUAUGCGACCUGUACAUGAGAACCUCUUUCUACUUGCUUUUGCAGCUGUGGUACAUACUGCUGGAAAUACAAUGAUUAUUUUUGCAAAUACUGCUACAUUGUGGCUAGUGUUCCAAUUCUCCUAUGCGGUAGCCUUCCCAAUUUACAGUUAUUAUGUAUCUGAAGAGCCUGAUUCCAGCCGCAUCAAUUGGUACCCCAUCAAACUUUUGAAAGAAGUCAUUAUCGGUGUUGUUAGCUUUGUCGUUGUCGGUGUGCUGAUGGCCAUAGGAUUUAUCUCAUCUGGUGUGGAAUUGUGA